AUGCAUCAACUCUUCCGUGCUGUUUCUACAGCCAGACUGACGGCAAGUUAUUCUACCCGCCCUAUCAGAGAUCUACGAACCUCCAAUCUCGUCCCCUUAAUCGAAAUUACCAAACCAGCACUCGCCUCCGACGCCUCCCACUUGAGAGCCGUAUACGACACCCUCGAAGCGAAAGGUGUGCUCCAAGUACAUCUAGGGUUUAGCGACGAGAACAGCACAUACCUGCAGAGCCUGAUAUCCAAUCUCCACAAAAGCCACAACCACGGCCUCCCAAUAACCCACAGCGCCGAGCGCGGUUGGUUUUGGGAUGUUCGGCCCUCUCCCGCGAGUUUCCAAAGCCAUGGCCACCAAGCCCGAUCAGAGACAAUGUUCCGCUUUGAAUGGCACACCGACUGCAGCUACGAAGAGCAACCACCACGAUUCUUCGCCCUCCAAGUCCUUCAGCCGGACCGCUGCGGCGGCGGGACGUUGUCUGUGCUAAACGUCGAUCGACUCCUUACCUUGCUUUCACCUUUCGCGCAAAAAUGGCUCUCCAGCCACAACUACAAAAUUACCGUCCCUCCCGAGUUUAUCAAAACCGCAGGGAAGCAGCAUAUCGUGGCUAAUUUGCUCGCCGUGAAUCCUGGCGGGAAGUCUGGCAGUCAAUUGCGGUUUCGGGAAGAUAUCACGGUUCCCUUGACUCCGAAUGCUACUAAGGCACUGGAUGAACUGAAGGAAAUCCUGUACGGUGGUGGCGCCCGGGAUGAGACUCUCCACCUCACACCCCAGUGUCUUCCCCAAGGAUCAAUUAUCCUGAUGGAUAAUCGCCGAUGGCUGCAUUCACGCAAUGAAGUCAAAGACCCUAACCGACAUCUUCGGCGUCUGAGCAACUGCUCCUCUUCUUGGCCAGCCGGGUCCCUGGAUGCAUCGUGUCCUUUCCCUGUGUUAAUCACCCAACGGCACGAUGAUGACAUGAGAAACUUGCACCUCGCCCUGAGAUUGUCAAUCGAGGAUAUUAUUGGGCGAUGGUGGACGGAUGAUGAAGCCCGGUUCCCUCUGCGCGUGCCGUUGGAGCAAGAGGAGGAAGACUUAUUGCGUUGGAUGGACUCGAACCGACACUUGUUUGCACCGUGGAACGAACGACAAGGAUCUUGGAGACCAGACUUUUUGGUAGAGAAAGAUGAAGCUGGCGUGGAGGUUUUUCGUAUUUGUGAGAUUAAUGCGAGGUUCUGCUGGAAUGGGUACAUGCAUGCCGUCUUUGGGCAAGAUUCGCUUUCGGUAUUCAAUCUUGAGUCGCGAGGUCUGACUCACGCCGUGGAAGCUGAAACGAUCUUCGGUGGAUUGCUGGAACUGUUCGACAACAAAAUUCCUUUGCACCUUAUCAAAGGCGAAGAGCACGGGAUUGAUAUCGGGAUGUUUAUCGAAUUUGCUCAGAAAAGACAUGGGAUAAAACUGCGACUCAUAACUCCGGAUACUCUCCGACUCAUUCCAGAUCCCUCCAACUCCGGGACAAACGGAUACAAGCUGUGCUGUCUCGCUGAAGUAGAUGCCAUUGAAACAAUUACAACCGAGUCGGGCGAGAUAGUGGAAGAGAUUCACCAAAUUGGCCUCGAACUCCACCAGCGGGAGAUCAAUGCUCUCGAUCCGGAGAUGAAACGACAGAUCAGUCUGCGAUGCUUCAACGACAUGCGAACUAUCCUCCUUGCUCACGACAAGAGAAUGCUAGGACUCGUCCUUGAAGAACUCAACAAUUUAGUCUCCAGGAACAUCAUCACUCCCAAACAGGCCGAAUGCCUUAACCAAGGCUUGGCGCACACAAUUCUCCCGGGCUCGACAGCAUUCAACCAAUUUAUCGAGAAUUGCAAAGCCUCGGAUUCGUUCCAAAAUGACUACCUCCUGAAGCCGAUCAGGGGUGGAAAGGGAGCUGGUAUUUUGUUUGGCGAUGAAUUGGGCCAUUCCGACUGGCUAGCUCUGCUGGAACCGUUGCGGUGUCCGAGACUGAGACCUGGAAAGACCCUCUAUGUUGUCCAGCGGAAGGUUCGCCAGCCAUACUAUGACGUGAUCUUGAGAUCGAAAGCCGUGUCAGAGCGCUGCCAUAUGGUUGGGACCUAUCACGCAGUUAAUGGUCGCUAUCUUGGACUGGGGACCUGGCGAUGUAGUCCCGGGAGAUUAUGUGCCGUUUCUAAUGGGGCUGCCUGGAUAUGUUCGGUAAAGCACCAAUCCUAG